GACUGCAUGUCCCACCAGUACCCAGGGAAGGAGGCGAAGGGGGACGCGGUUUGCUUCGUACCUGGCUCUCCUCUCUUCUCUGUCCUGAUGGAGCCGGCGCCUUUUUGCUACCCCCGGCUCACCUUCCUGCGCUCGCCCUACGGCCAGUUUGGGGACAGUGCUGGGGGCUCUUCCCAGGAUUUGGCCCAGUGGCCGCAGCGUUUGUCCCAGAGGUGGAGCAGGCCAGUGGAUGAGUCCCCACCAGCAGCGAUGUCAAGAAAUGGAUACUUCUUUGAAGAGAGUGGGUACCUCAAGUGCCACACCGACGAUGGCCCCGAGGCGAAGGAGGAGACGGCCAGCGAGGAGCUCUACGACACCGUGAACUCCACCAUCGUCUCCGCCGACAGCAUUCGCUUCUUUGUCAACGUCAACCUCGAGGGAGCUCCCCGGGCCACCGCUGAAAGUGAAAGUGCUGGCUGCGUGUUACUGCACACAUCAAGGAAGCUGCCCCUCAGCUUCCUCCUUCCACUCUUCAGCUUCGCUCCUGAUGCCCUCAACCUUCCUCACACCCCUUCCAUCCACCCUGUGAAAUCCUGUCUGGGUCAUUUGGCCCAGGAAUUGCCUCCUGGUUGCACUAUAAAGUCCCUUCAGCGACGUCACGUUUGCAUCAGCCGCCUGGAGAGGCCUCAGAAUUGGGGUGAAAACUCCUGUGAAGUGAGAUUUGUGAUACUGGUCCUGGCUCCUCCUAAAAUGAAAAGCACCAAAACNGCCACAGAAGUGGGCAGGACCUUUGCCACGAUGUUUUCCGACAUCACCUUUCGGCAGAAGCUCCUGGAGACCAAAACUGAGGAGGAGUUCAAGGAGGCCUUAGUCCACCAACGGCACUUGCUGACGGUGGUGAACCAGAGGCCCUCAGGGAGGAGCGAUGGGCACAAAUCACACGGUCAUAAACCACUCAAGCUGCACGAGUUUCUCAAUGUUGGCAAGGGGAUUUCUGAUGACAUUGCACGAAGGUUUCCAGUGUACGCGUUGGACUUCACCGAUGGUGUUAUUGGAAACAACAAAGCUAUAGGAAAAUACAUCACCACUAUGAUAUUUCUGUACUUUGCCUGCCUCCUUCCAUCCAUAGCCUUUGGGUCACUCAAUGAUGAAAAUACACGAGGAGCUAUCGAUGUGAGGAAGACAAUCGUGGGGCAGUGCAUUGGGGGGCUGCUCUACGCCCUCUUCUCGGGGCAACCUCUGGUUGUCCUCCUUACUACAGCUCCUUUAGCACUCUACAUCAAUGUCAUCCGAGGAAUCUGUGAUGACUACCACUUGGAUUUCAGUGCUUUCUAUGCCUGGAUUGGACUGUGGAACAGCUUCUUCCUUGUGAUGUACUCCCUCUUUAAUUUCAGCCUUCUGAUGAAGCUCUUUAAAAGGUCAACAGAAGAAAUAAUUGCACUUUUUAUAUCCAUCACAUUUGUGCUUGAUGCCAUCAAAGGCAUUACGAAAGUUUUUAAGAAAUAUUACUACUAUGGGAGCAAAGGAGACAAUUACUUGGGACAAGAAGGAGCUGAUGCUAUUUCAAGCCUCGGCAUCAAUACCACCUUCUUGAUGAAUUCAUCAGUGAGCAGAUCCAUGUCCCUAGAGAAUCAGACAUGCACUCAUGGUGUGCAUUAUGGACGUGAAACUGCCGUCCUUAGUCUCAUGUUGAUGUUGGGUACCCUUUGGCUUGGCCAUACGCUCUAUCAGUUUAAGAAAAGCCCCUAUUUGCACGCGAGAGUCCGUGAGAUCCUGUCCGACUGUGCCUUACCCAUUUCAGUCCUGACUUUCUCUGUUGUGGGUUCCUGCAUCUUCAAGGAAAUCGAAAUGUCCAGUUUUAAGUACGACACGGCUGACAGCUUGUUCGUGCUGGCCCCUGUGCAGUCCCUGUCCAUCGGGUCGGUGAUGAGCGCCAUGGGCCUGGGCUUCCUCCUGUCCAUGCUCUUCUUCAUCGAGCAGAACAUCGUCGCCUCGCUCACCAACGCCCCGGAGAACAGGCUGGUGAAGGGCACAGCUUAUCACUGGGACCUCCUGCUCGUCGCGCUGAUCAACACGGGGCUGUCCGUGUUCGGCCUGCCCUGGAUCCACGCGGCCUUCCCGCACUCCCCGAUGCACGUCCGGGCCCUGGCCUACGUGGAGGAGAGGGUGGAGAGCGGGCACAUCUAUGAGACGAUCGUGAGCGUGAAGGAGACCCGGCUGACGAGUCUGGUGGCAAAUUUCUUGGUUGGGCUGUCGCUGCUGCUCCUGCCUUUCCCCCUCCAGUGGAUCCCAAAGCCGGUCCUCUACGGCCUCUUCCUCUACAUUGCCUUGACCUCCAUUGAUGGGAACCAGCUCUUUGAGAGGGUGGCUCUGCUGCUCAAGGAACAGACCGCGUAUCCUCCAACCCAUUACAUCCGCAGAGUGCCCCAGAGGAAGAUCCACUAUUUCACUGGCCUGCAGGUCCUGCAGCUCCUCAUCCUCUGUGGGUUUGGGAUGUCACCGCUGCCCUACAUGAAGAUGAUCUUCCCACUCAUCAUGAUAGGGAUGAUCCCCAUCAGGUAUAACCUGCUCCCAAGGAUCAUUGAAGCCAAGUACUUGGAUGCUAUGGAUGCAGAGCACUAAAGGGGGGCCUCCCCCCAAAGGACAGCCCAUUUGGAGUGGGAACAGGCGGCUUUUCCGAGGCGCAGGACAAUCUAAUGCACUUCUUUCCUUCACCACUUUCUCUCUGCUCUAACGUGGCAGCACACACCUGUCAGAGACCAAGGGAAUGCUGGAGUGUCCCAAACCAGCCUUGGACUUGGGAGGACGAUGCUCUUUGGAGCUGUGAGGCGAGCAAGCUUUGUGGAAAAUGCUACUUCCCACAUCCCGAACCCGGGAACCCCAAAGAUCAGCAUGUCUGUACGGUUGGAGCAUGGAUUCAGAGUUGUUCCCUCUUUUCAGGGUGGGGGGAAUUCUCUCUUUGUGUUUUUAUGCACCACAUCCUAUUCUUCCCAAACACUAAGGACACCAACUGACCCUUCUUUUGCAGAAUGACAGCCUUGUCCUGGCCUUUGAGUUUGAUUUCCCGUGCAUCCAUAUUCCCAAAUGGGUUUUCAGGGUGGGAUGGCCUCGUGCUAAACCACUGAUGGCAAGAGAGGUUUCUGGCCACUCUUCCAGAUUAGUGGGUGUUUGGAAACAGCUGUAACAUGUAUUGAUACAAUCCCCAGCUUUGGAUGAAUAUUUAAUUCUUGCAAAAGAGCUUGGAAACAUCCAGAGGUUGAGCUCUCAUGGCGAUGCUGAUGAAACCACAGCUGGGUCUGAGCUAUUUGGGAAUUAUUUUGGAUUUUCUGCCAUUCCUUCUUGGUGAUCAAACCCAGAAUUGUAGUUUUGCACAACUGCAGCAUUUUUUUUUUCUUGCACCCAGAGUCAGAUCCUCAUCCCAGGGCAGUUGUGUUAUGGUUGCAUAUACAUAUGUACAGGAGUGCCUAUGUGUACAUAUAUACAUAUGGAUUUGUGUAUAUAUUUUGCAUAGAUAUACAGAUAGGCCUGAUUCUUUCCAAAUAUCCAAAGUGUUUUGUGCAGUCAGUGUUUCCCAUGAUUGCACUUGUUCUCUGCUUCAGUGCUGCUUUUUCUCAUUUUGAGAUAUGGUCACUUUUUUUUUUUUUUCCCUUUGGAAGCUGCUCAGUUACUGGUUUUGUUCAUGUGUUGCUUUAUUCAAGGUGUUCCUUUGCUUCCUUCGUCCUGUGGCUUGAGACCUUCAUCAUUCUGUCCUGAUGCUCCAACAUGUGAAUUUUGCCUUUAAUUUCCAUGUACAGAAUGCAAUGAAAAGUUUUCCUCUCUCGCCUAAUCAAUAUUUGUUGGUCAUUUCACUGUUUCUGUUUUGUAGCUGAUCUCCAGUUUCCCCCCCCUCACUCCCAGGUGUUAUAUUAUAUUUCUGGAUGAAUUGAACUUCUGCUGUCUUUUAUAAGUUCAGUUUAUUUAAUUUUGCUCGUAGUGUGGUCAGGUUUGGGUUUUUUUUUUUUUUUUUUUUUGGAGUACUGUGAAACAAGCUGCCCUUUGGUUCAGAGCUUUGCCCCUUGCUGCACAUCAGAGGUCACAGGUGGAGCGUUCAGAAAGUGGUGGGCCCUGAAAAUGACCUUUCAAAGCAGUAGAAAUGAGGGAGGGAGAGCAACAGAAGACGAAAUGCAAAUAUGUCAGCACAGAGAAGUGUUUUCUUACCAGUUGCUUGCCCGGUAAACGGUGCAGAGUUUUUAUCAGUGGGGGGGUUCCUCCCACCCCCCCCUCUGCACAAUGAGGGGGACCAGCCCUAUAAUGAGGGAGGGUGUAAAGCUGUGCUGAAACUAAGCCAGGCUCAAACCACUGAAGAUUUGGUGUGUUUGCACUAAAUUCAGAGGGUAUUUAACCUUUUUGUAGCACUCAAGCACGUGUGUUAAAAACCAAUUUUUUCGUUUCCUUACCAAACCCUUCAUCUUUUGUAUUGAUCCCUGAUGGAGGAGGGCAGUGCUGGGAGUGUUCCCAAGAGCAUGGCCAUGGUUUAUGUAUCCCUGAGGAAUCCCAGGGGAAGGCCCUGAGCUCAGCAAGCAAAGCAACACUGUGUGAUCCUAAAACCAUGACCUUCAUGUGGCACCAAUCUAAUCUCGUGGGGCUGCUGAGGAGUCCCAGGGUCAGGGUGGCCACCCCAGCGCAUCAAAGCAGGUUGUUUGGCUUUCAGUCCCCCUCAGAGGGAGCAGGAGGAGCUCAGGCUGUGUCUGAGCAGGGCCAGGACAGCAGGAAUUAAACCUGUGUGUGGUUUCUGACGCUUUUCUCGGUAUUUCCUGGCUUUUGAGUCACUUCUGGGCUGAGAUCACAGGUAGCUGUAACCAAGGCCUGUGUGUAGGAACAGGAUUGUGGAGGUGGUGAGAGUGUGUCUGAUCUCCAGUCAGCAGAAAAAGGGCAGGUGACAGCCAACAGCUCGGGACCUGUUGUGAGACAGGGAGUGCAAAGGCCUGAUGAGGCUGAAAUAACAUGUUUUUCCCACAGAUGUCAAAAGAUUUAACCAAAGCUGCAAUCAGAAGUGUCAUCCUGUGGUGGAGUAAAGCUGUAAAACACACGUGCCCCGGGGGUGAAUUUGUGGUGUCUCUGCUCUCCACAGGGAAAAGUCACCUUGUGGGGUGGUUUAAAUCCUGUUUUGGAUGCUGGAGCUGGAGGAAGGAGGGGAUGUGCCCAAGGGAAUGUGGCUUUGGUCCUCUUUGAGGAAGAGCAGAGGCUCUGGGCGGGAUUUCCACCAGCACAGAGCCACAGUGGGGUGAACUGGCCUGCAGGUCUUGCCAGAGGAAAUAGUUUUGAGAUGUACCCUCCACUCCUCACUUAAAGGACCAAAACCACCCCCGUUAAAGCCUCUUUGAAAGCACCAAUUUCAGAUGGGGUCAGAUGUUGCUGAGAUAACGUAAAAUGCAGGUAGCAGGGAGGGUUAAAUAUCCAUCACAACUCUUGUUUAUAUCCUUUAUUUUGUUUUACCAGUGUGACUUCAGUGUUUGUGUUUUCUUUGUAGCAUCAGUAGGAUUCUGUUUUGCAGGGGUUUCAUUCUACAGGGGCCCAAACAGGAAAAAAAAGAAAAAAAAAAUCAACUGAUGGGAAAUCAGCACAAUUUGGGGGGCAAAAAAGUUGUGCUGUCUUAGACUGGUUGAACAUUUGGACCCAUUUCUCCAAUAUAUGGGUAGAAGGGAGAUGUAUGGAGGCCUCUUGUCUCCUGAGGGUUUGUCAUGAUCCUGCAGAGGAUUAUUUUUAUUUUUCAUGCCUUUUCUCUUCUCGUUUGCUUCUGGUUUUGCUGACUCAAGUGCAGGCGUUUCCAGGAAGUGGGCUGACCAGGGAAGGAGGGUUUGUUCAGAGUUGAUUGAACACUUUAAUACUUCUGUGAAGGUUGAGACAAUUAGAAUGUAAAAGAAGAUUUAUUAUAAGCUCUUUAUAUACGCACAAUGCUCUGUGUAACUGUUGCCAAAGAACUGGGUUUGAGAGAUGAGCUACUGGGAGAGUCCACGGUGUUCACCUGGGACCACAAGGUAGGGAAAAGCUGCUGGAACGAGUGGACUUGUGGAAGUUACUUUUUGACAGCUGCCAAAAUGAUCAGAAACUGGGGAGAGAAUAAACUUCUGCUCUCAAACGUGUGGUUUUUGAUCCUUGCAUUGAAUGUAGGAGCGAGAAUGAGCUUGACAAUUAAAGUUGGAUUUAUACCUGAA